CCGUAGUGGUGGUGGCGGCGGCUACAUGUCAUCAGACGACGACGACGAGCAGAACGCGGAGUUCCCGAGGAAAAACAUCGACUUCAUCGAGUUAUCGUCAGACGAAGGCGAAGCAGAACCCGUACCGAGAUCACAUGGACACCUACCGAUUCGCAUUGGGAGGAAACCGCACAAGGAGAAGCUCUUCGGUAUCAAUACGGACGCGAGUACAGAGGCUAAUGCGCCGCAAAACGCUGAAGUAUCAGGUCCAUCCACUGAGACAUCUCACAAAGGAAAGGGAAAAGCAAAAGAGGUGGAAGUCACAGGCGAGAGCAAGUCCUACAAGGGCAUGUGGCAAGACUCCGAUGGCACAGACGGCGAAGUCAAGGUAAAACCCGAGCCCAUAUCCAGCGACGACGAAGGUGCCGCACGGGAACAAGUCGGCAUCGCCGCACCCAUCAAAAACGAGCAUUCUCCCGAGCGCGAACGCAAGCCCAAAGUGCCCAGCGACACAGCAAUCCCAUCCUUCCAGACCGACGAAGAGCGCCAGGAAUGGGAACGCAUUCAGUAUAACCUCAUCGGCAUGCGCAAAGAGCUCGGCCCCGGCGACGACGCUAUGCAGCCUGACGUUGAGGGCGACGUGGCCAUGAUCGACGCCGCUGCCAACGCAAGCAAGCCCUCCGUCCGCGACGACCACACGUACCUCUUCCAACUGCCCCCUAUCAUGCCCGAGCUCCUGCUUCCCGGUAACCACUCCAAAAUCAAACAGGAACCCCCAACCGACGCCGCCGCCGCCACCGCACCAGGUCAACCCCCAACCACAAUCAAAAAAGAACCCACAGCAGCAGCCGAAGACUUCUCCGACCCGCGCGCCUCCUCUGGAACCGGGGCACGCUUCGCCUCCGGCCGCGUGGGCAAGAUGCGCGUGCACGCCUCUGGUCGGACUACGCUGGACUGGGGCGGCACGAGCUACGAGAUUGGCCCCGGGAAUCCGAGCAGUUUUUUGCAGGAGGUGGUGAGUCUGGAGGUCGUGCCGGAGGAGAGGCGGGUGGUGCCUGAGGAUGCGGGAGAGGCGUAUAGUUAUGGGAGGAUUAAGGAAAAGUUUGUUGUUGUGCCCGACUUUGGGGCGCUUUUGGGAGGCUAGAAGGGGAAAGGGGUGAGGGGAGGGCAUGCAGAGAGCAUGGCAGGAAGAUGCAUUUAUGGCGUUUGAAGUUGGGAGGUGUAAGCCUUCCUACCGGUUCACAGCUUUUCCAGAGAAGCGGGGAGUAUCAUGGUUUCGUAUAGGUCCAGCCAUAUGACACGACACCCAGAGUACCUGACAAAAUUAGAGAUAGACGAUCCAAACCCAAAAGGAUAUAUACCCGUGCGUUAAUCUACAAAUGCUAGAGCGGC